GAAAAGGGUUGACGUUAAGGUCUAUUGACAUUUGUGAUUUCUUUUUGUUGCUUGUAUGACUUCCUACACAGGUGUCUGAUGUUUACAAACGACCAAACUUGGAACUAUGUCAUGCUAAAGCCUCACAUGAUGAAGCCUCUCACAUUUCUGACAACCCAGGUGUCCAGAUGUUGGGUCAAAUAAAGCAUGGCUCAUGCCGUCCUCGAGCAAUAUUAUUCAAAUUACUUGCAGAUACUGUAGGUCUUGAAAGCCGGCUAGUUGUGGGUUUACCUGCUGAAGGAGCGUCCGAGUGUGAAGAAUCUUAUAAGCACAUGUCUAUACUAGUUGUGCUAAAUUCUGUGGAGCUACUUGUUGACCUUAUGCGCUUUCCUGGUCAACUUAUUCCACGAACAACCAAGGCUAUUUUCCUAACCCACAUAGCUGCUGGGGAGAGUGAUUCUGCAGAAAAUGAUUCCUGCGAUUCACCUCUGGAGCCAAACAGCCCCCUCUAUGGGGUUUCAGAGAGAAACGAUACUGAUAGUUCUGAAAAAGAUGACAUCCUCCAGUAUCAGAGGAGAUUUGAAGCAUCUUCAAAUGCUGCUGGAUAUUCGUUGAGGAAUAUGAUGUUGCGUUCUAACACUUCAAUUGACAGAAAACUGAGUUUGUCGCAUAGUGAACCUAAUACUGCUACAACGGUUUGGAGAAGAGGUCGCAGGAAAGUUAUAACAGAACCGAGGACUGCAAGUUCAAGUCCCGAGCAUCCUUCAUUUAGAGCACAUGGACGGUCCAUGCUUAGUGGUGAUAACAAAACAUUCAGGGAUUAUUCAGAUGAUGUUGCUACUUCAAGGUCAGAAGGUGCAUCAACAUCAGAAACACGAAGAUUACGAAGAAGAAGCAUUAGUAUAACUCCAGAAAUUGGUGAUGAUAUCGUAAGGGCUGUUAGAGCAAUGAAUGAAGCACUUAAGCAGAACCGACUCUUGAAAGAACAAGGGGAAAAUAGUUCAUUUCAUGCUUCAAACAACAGAGAUUGUGCGUCGGAUCUGAAAAAGGAUAUCAGUUCACAGAAGGCAAUGUCAUUACCCUCAUCUCCCCACGAGUUGAGGAGGCAGGCUCCAGAAAGUAGUGGGCCGGACAGGACGAAUAAUGAAUUGUUUUCAACCUGGAACAGGAUUCUAGAAUCACAUAUGUAUCAGAAUAAGCCUCUUCUACCUUUUGAAGAAUGGAAUAUAGACUUCUCAGAGUUGACUGUUGGCACCCGAGUUGGAAUAGGGUUCUUUGGAGAAGUUUUCCGUGGCAAGUGGAAUGGAACUGAGGUUGCUAUUAAAGUUUUUCUGGAGCAAGAUCUUACUGCUGAAAAUAUGGAGGACUUCUGCAAUGAGAUCUCUAUCCUUAGCCGACUUCGGCAUCCAAAUGUUAUAUUAUUCCUGGGUGCCUGUGCAAACCCUCCACGUUUAUCAAUGAUUACUGAGUACAUGGAGAUGGGAUCUCUGUAUUAUUUGAUCCAUUUAAGUGGUCAAAAGAAGAGGCUUAGCUGGCAGAAGAGGCUCAAUAUGCUUCGCGAUAUAUGCAGAGGGUUGAUGUGCUUACAUCGGAUGAAGAUUAUCCAUCGUGAUUUAAAAAGUGCAAACUGCCUCGUGAAUAAGCGGUGGACCGUCAAAAUUUGUGAUUUUGGGCUCUCAAGAAUAAUGACAGAUGCAUUUCUGAGAGACUCGGCGUCUGCUGGCACUCCUGAAUGGAUGGCUCCAGAACUCAUUCGUAAUGAGCCUUUCACGGAAAAAUGUGACAUUUUUAGCUUUGGCGUGAUAAUGUGGGAGCUUUGCACCCUAAACAGACCGUGGGAGGGUAUACCACCAGAUCGGGUAGUUUAUGCCGUUGCCAAUGAAGGAGCAAGGCUAGAGAUACCUGAAGGACCCCUUGGCAGACUAAUCGCAGACUGCUGGGCAGAGCCAAACGAAAGACCUAGUUGUGAGGAAAUUCUAACACGACUGCUAGACUGCGAAUACUCGCUAUGUUAGUGUGUGAAUUCACUUUUCCUUUGUAUAGAGGAACACAUGGUAGAGGUGUUACUGAUCUCCGGCUCAAGUUGUCACUUUUGUGUGAUUUUCCAGUUCCAGAAGAUUAUUCGUUUUACCUCCAUUGAAAAUAUAGAAAUAUUCCUUCCUUUUUUUGUUUAAUCACAAAUGAGUAUGUUUUUCCAUUUCUUAUAUCAGCAAGCAAAACUCACUCCUAGAAAUAGUGAGAAGUAAUGAUCUUUU